GCGCGAUAUUCUUGCUGAUUUGAUAGAAAAAACGAAACAGCAACGAUAUGACAAGAAGAUGGCACGUGAUGAGCAGGAGGAAGCAACGGAACGGCUAGAUGAGAAAUGGAAAGAAAUACUGCAGACUGGUGCAAUGGCAAAUUAUGCGCGUCCUGUCAAGGAUAAAGCAUCGUCGGUCAUUCCUCCGCGCCCGGACACCGAUGACUACGAUAGUUUGUUUUUCGACCUUCGAAUGAACAGUGAUAAAAGAGGCGACGCAAGUGAACGUCAAAAAACGGAAGAAGAGCUAGCGCGCGAAGAACAUGAAAAGCUAAUCAGGCAAGAAGAAGCUCGACUUACAAAUGAAAGGGAUAAUGCAACAGAAAGGACGAGGAAGAAGCUAAAGAAUGGCGGGAAAAAGGGCUUCGUUGUGAAGUACGACAGCUCAGGGGCACUUAUCGAUAAGGAAAAAGUAAGGCAGUGCUCAAAGAUUUUGUAAAU